AAAAUCAAGGUUUCAUGGCAGAACCGUUGCGAUCGAAUGCUUAGAUAAAUAACUACUCGUUUUGCUAUUGCCGUGGUCAGCAUCGAAGCUACACAUUGUAAUGGUUAAUCGCAAAGAUAGUGGAAAGAACUUAUUGUUCGCCAGGCAAUCAGCAACAACUCCGUACUCGAAGUAAUCAUGAGGCAAGGCGAUAUCAGCAAAUCCGAGAAUUCUGUCGGAUCGAAGCUGAUACCGUUUAUUACCACGACUGUGCUCUAUUUUUCGCUUAUUCAGCAUACCGAGCGAAGCACCAUUCCGUCAACUGUGCUGAAAUGUAUGCCGAUAUACAGUCUCCUGUUCUUUGUUAUCCUGACUGAUUUCAAACAUGCCAAAGCGAAACGAUACAAAAUGCGCAUUUUGGGUGGACUUUUGUUCUCUUCGCUGGGAGAUUUACUAUUGAACUAUGACUUAUUCGAAGCAGGCAUGGGCGCAUUCGGUAUCGCACAGGUGUUCUACAUACUGGCGUUCGGUAUGAAACCAUUGAAAAUAUGGAUCGGUGUGCUCCUGUACGCUUGUGGAUUAUUAGCGACCUCACUCUUUUACGGAAAUUUGAACUCAGUGAUAAAAAUGUGUCUUCCAUUUUACGCAAUACUACUGCUAACAAUGUGCUGGCGAUCGUUGGCAAGAGUCGAAGGCACUCGGAACUAUCUGCGCGUGAUGUGCGGAUUUUGCAGUGUACUGUUCGUGAUAUCUGAUGGCAUUAUUGCUUUUGACAAGUUUUAUGUGCCCAUUAGUGCGGCUCAGACGUACAUCAUGGUCACUUAUUAUGUUGCUCAAGUCGGAAUAACACUUAGCAUAAAUGACUACCAGACGGACGAUUCACCAAUCAAAACGCAACAUUCAAUCCAUUCGCGUACGAAGAUCCAGAAAACCAAGUCAUCCUAAACUUUUGUACCCCGAUGCACCGUCGUCGACAAGUCAAACCGUAAAUUAAUACUUAGUCUGUGAUUCUAAAUCUUCCUACUAUUUGGAAUAUUCCUAGCCGAUAUCAGAUAUACAUUCUUGUUAAAAAGAAAUUAAAUGGACUGGUAACGGGCAUGUUCCAUCGAAUUUGGUCAGUAGAUGUAUGUUUAGACCGUUAAUAACGCAACGGCUUCAUGUUGAAAAUAGCGGUGCAUGGAUAUCAUAUGUUGUAUUAAAGACUUCAUUGAAAACUUGGUGCAGCUCAUGAGUUAAUAAACGCAUAUUCCAAUAUCAGUUUUAUUUGUUUUUCAUCCUCGGCACCAGAGAGAAUUCAUUCAUUAGGGUAUUGUAGUUUUUACGAAAUGGACCAAAACAACUGGGAUCAACUACAAUGACGUACAAUCUAAUAGAAAAGAGAGAAUAAGAAGUGUAAGA